AAUGGAUGGAUCACAGGCAACUGGAAAGAUCACGAAGCACUUCAAAAAGCUUUUCCAGAUUUCAACCUUGAGAACAAGGUUGAUUUCAAAGAGGAAGGAAUUGUUAUGAAGAGAACGUUAAUAGGGGUAGAAGAGGGAAUUCAUAGUGGCACGGAAAGAAAGUGGAUGGCCUUGGACAGAGGGCAACAAAUUUAGAGCAGAGAGGAAAGAGAAUUAGUGCACGUCCCAAGAAAACCAACGUGUGCCUCAAAGAAUACAUUUGCAGUAUAUAACUAUUGGAUGAUAGUGAGUAAAGGGUUGUUGGUGGAAGAAUCUUCUUCCCUUGGAAUUCCUUCUUUUUCUUCUGAGAGGUUCUCUUGUUUAUCUUUUGUCUCUGUAUUAUUGUUGCGUGGCAGCUCCUCUUAUUGUAAGAGUGUCUUUUCUUGUCAAUAAUACAAAUACAGAGCUUAUUCACUGUUGAUUGAAUUUGUUUUAGUUCUUUACAUUACAGAAACCUAAUAUCUAUUCCUCCCAUGUUUUCCAUUCAGCAAUAUGCAUGGCUUGUUGGAACACAGUACAAACCAAUGGAACUGGCAAAAUCUGACUGGGCUGGAAUUAAGAAGUCUCCUCCAUGGGCCAUUGAUUCUUGGGGCAUGGGUUGUCUUAUCUAUGAGCUAUUCUCUGGUUUAAAGUUGGGCAAAACGGAGGAGUUACGCAACACUGUCUUCAUUCCUAAGUCUCUGCUUCCAGAUUACCAGCGGUUGCUGAGUUCUGCGCCCUCUCGUAGAUUAAAUACAUCAAAGCUUAUAGAAAACAGCGAGUAUUUUCAAAAUAAGUUAGUAGACACGAUUCAUUUCAUGGAAAUUCUUAGUUUGAAAGAUAGUGUUGAGAAAGACACUUUCUUCCGCAAGCUUCCAAAUUUGUCAGAGCAACUUCCUCAGCAGAUUGUGUUGAAAAAGUUGCUUCCUUUAUUAGCUUCUGCUCUUGAAUAUGGUUCAGCCUCUGCCCCUGCUUUGACUGCAUUGUUGAAAAUGGGUUCUGCACUGUCAUCUGAGGAGUUCCGUGUGAAGGUGCUUCCAACCCUUGUUAAGCUUUUUUCAUCAAAUGAUCGAGCUAUUCGAGUUGGACUUCUACAACAUAUAGAUCAGUAUGGGGAGUCAUUAUCAGCACAAGUAGUUGAUGAGCAGGUUUACCCUCAUGUUGCUACUGGGUUCUCUGAUACAUCCGCUUUUCUGAGGGAACUUACUCUCAAGUCCAUGCUAAUUCUGGCUCCAAAGCUGUCACAAAGGACCUUUUCCGGGUCAUUAUUAAAGCAUUUGUCAAGGUUACAGGUCGAUGAAGAACCGGCUAUACGAACAAAUACUACCAUCUUGUUGGGAAACAUUGCAAACUACUUAAACGAAGGGACAAGAAAAAGAGUGUUGAUUAAUGCAUUUACAGUCCGUGCUUUACGUGAUACCUUUCCACCUGCUAGAGGAGCAGGCAUUAUGGCUUUAUGUGCUACCAGUUCCUACUAUGACAUCACGGAAAUUGCAACUCGGAUUCUUCCUAAUGUUGUUGUGCUCACAAUUGAUCCUGACAAUGAUGUGCGAUCUAAGGCAUUUCAGGCAGUUGAUCAAUUUUUGCAGAUGGCGAAGCAAUAUUAUGAAAAGACGAAUACAGCUGAGGCUACUGAGGGAACUAGCACGGGGAUCUCUUCAAUUCCUGAAAAUGCUGGUUUACUUGGGUGGGCUAUGAGUUCCUUGACUCUGAAGGGUAAACCUUCUGAUCAUGCUCCAGUGUCUUCUGUGAGUUCUACGGCACUUACUCCAGCAUCUGCUAAUGCCAGCUCGGAUACUCCUCCAGCAGCCCCUCUUCGUGUAAGGUCUGCGCCAGAUUUUGCUGAGCAACCUGUCCCUACUUCCCCAACAUCAACAGACGGCUGGGGAGAACUGGAGAAUGGACUCGACGAGGAGUGUGAAAAUGACAAGGAUGGGUGGGAUGAUCUGGAACCACUUGAAGAAAUCAAACCAACUCCAGCUCUAGCAAACAUUCAAGCAGCUCAAAGGCGGCCGGUUUCGCAACCUGUUUCGCAGACAAAGCUAGCCACGAGUUUGCAAUCCAAAAGUACAUCAAAGUUGAGAAAGGAUGAAGAUGAUGAUUUGUGGGGUUCCAUAGCAGCUCCUGCUCCAAAAACAUCCAAAUCUUUAAAUUUGAAAUCAACUGUAACUGAUGAUGAUGAUCCUUGGGCUGCCAUCGCUGCUCCUGCUCCCACUACUAAGGCCAAGCCCUCGUCAACUGGCAGAGGGCGGAGUGCUAAACCUGCUGCUCCAAAGUUAGGUGCUCAGCGGCUAAACCGGACAUCGUCCGGCACCUAAACAGAACUUCCUCUUGCCGGUGAUCAUCAUGUUCAAAUUCAGUAUGCCAUCCAGUACAUUAAUUAUUUGUCAUUUUAAUUCAAGGGGUAAAUCUCAGUCGCCGCAAUGGUUAAAUUAUUCCACGUCAACUAGGCUAUGGUAUUUACUGCAAUAUUUUGAGGGCAUGCUUCUUUUUUUGUUGGGGGGUGGUUGACGAUCAAUUAACGUAAACAUUUUACAUGCAAUGUAAUUACUUUCAUAAUAUUAUAGAAAGUUUUCGGUGUAAUUAUUUAGUUAAACCUGUUCUAAUAUUUCUGAUUUAUUUGGUUCUUGUAUUGUGGAUAAUAAAUGUCCGGUCAUAUUUAUGACCAAUUACAAUCAUUUGUAAAAGUAAGAUUAUUCAUAUCA